AGCAAAUGUCAGGUGGAAGGACAGAGUGAAGGAGGGAGUAGUCGUGGCAGGAGGUCCGUGGAAGAGGCUCUGCGUUAGCUUGGCUCGCUCGUGCUUCCCGUGGUGUGCUUAGUUCAGACGAGGCGGGGACGAACACGGGACCGGUCAGGCAAUCCAAGAAGUCAAUCAGCCAGUGAGUCAGGCGCGCAUCCCUUUGCAUACAGGAAAGGAGUUACUCAGCACCACUAUUCUAGAAGACGUGUGAGUGUUCCGUAUGCAGCGUGACCCAGUGCCUUAGAAAACUUGUCCGUACUUCCAUAUCCUCUGAAGUGAGUAAGAAAACCCCAAGGGAACGAAGAUAGUGUGAAGUGCCGACAGGGGGACGUUACACGUGUUAUCCCUAUCCCACACCUGUCAGGGAAGCGUCAAUAGUUAAAUUAAAACCUGCGUCAAGUGCCUAAAGGGGGAAACUACAAGUGUUGUCCUCUUUCCACGUGACAGACGCUGCUUCGGGCCGCCUCCCUACCCGCCGAAGGAGCCACACGCAGCAGGGGGAGAGAGUCUUCACACAGGGCGGCGCUGGCGUGGAGGAACGCCAUGGCGACGUCCUCCACCACAAGCCGACGGCAGCGGGCGGUGGUGACGGUACUGCUGCCGCUGCUGCUGGCAUGCCUCGGCCCCCCGGCCUACACGCAGUCCCUACCGGGUCAUGGAGAGAUGCACACGACGAACUUCUCCUGCAUCGGUAAAGUCAUCGGUGGCUACUACGCUGACCAGUACACGAACUGCCAAAUGUUCCACGUGUGCACUCUAGACGAGAAAGGGAAGGUCAAUGACUACACGUUCCGGUGUUUGGCGGGCACCGUGUUUGACCAGGAGACGAGGGUGUGUGAGAGGGACGAGGAGGUGGACUGUAGCCGUUCCGAGUCCUUCUUCCACCUGAAUAACGACCUCUACGGACCUGGCAUCAUCCCUUCCACGGCAGACUCGGAGGGAGACUCCAGCGCCGCUAAAGUGCAGGUUCUGGACCCCACUGUCGCCCUCAUGGGAGCCCCCGCCCCCCCAACAAUCCCCACUGACACUGAGGAGGCCACCACCCCAACCCCCCACCAGCACCCGUCCUCCUCCCCUCGACCCCCAACCCAACCCUCCCACCUCUCUGAACUGCCGACCCCACCCCAGCCCCAGACCCGCCCACCCCGCCUCCAGCACCAGCCUCAAUCUCAGGCCCAGACUCAGACUCAGGCCCUUACACGGCCCCACACACAGCCCCACACACAACGCCACACACAGCCCCACACACAGCCCCAGACCCAGACUCAGCCCCAACCUCCCCCCACCACCCCCGCCCCUCCCCCUGACAGUCUCCCCGGGGUCACUGCUUCCACCACCCGGAUGUCCGCCUCCACCUCUGCCUCCAUCACCGCCGCCACCCCCGCCUAUCCCUUCCCGCCCCUGCCCUUCACCGUCAGCAGGACCUCCACCUCUGUCUCCUCUUCCUCCCGCGUCCGCAUCCAGACCCCCCUCGCGCAGAUCUCCCUUAACCAGGGCGUGGAUCCCUCCGUCCUGCCCGCCCCCCACCUGCGGCCCUCCCUGCUCCGUUUGGCGGCCGAGGCCCAGAACUCAGGCCAGACGUCCAGGAUCCUCAAAGACAUCACCCCCGCCACCCAAUCCCCCGUCAGUGCCCAGACGCCCGCAAACUUCCGGGACGUCCCCAGAAUCUCUGUCGUCCGCCUUGACACUUCCGGCACCACCGUCCCCCGCACCACCGGCGCGACGCCGCGCCACAGACAGAAGCGACAGUCGACUCUUCAAGGCCACACUCUCCCCACUACCUUUCCUAGAGACGCUGAAGCUUUCGCAGACUUAACCACUUCCUCCAGACUAACUAACAGUGACCAACCAUUUCCUACUGCUGGCGACAGCCGCAGAUUCGUCUCCUCACGGGGCCGCACCAGGUUUAGGCAACCUUCUCGUGACCAGUCAGGCACAACCCAGCAGGUAGCGCAGGGCCGCGCCUCCGCAGGCCGGCAAGGGCAGGGGGGAGGGGGAGCAGCUAGUUUUAUUGACAGUCAGCCACAACGUAGACAGAGGGUCAGACCUGCAUCAAGGGUAGCCGUGGCGCGCCGGCCCGUGGCGGCGGCGCAGAGCCCUGCACGACCCUCCCCCGCGUCAGCCACCUUCAGGCACCGCGUGAGGGUCGGGGCGGCCACGCCCGGCCAACCCGGGCCGGUGCCCUCCACAGCCCCGAGAGACUUCCCUUCCCCCGCGGCUCCCUUGGCCGCCCCUGACACCCACAGACAGCCCCCCCUCCCCUCAGGCGACCUCCCCCAGCCUCCCACAGCCCUGACAACCCAGUUCCCCUCUGACAGCCACAUCACGGUCAUUGACGCGGUUGAGGAAACAGCCACCUUGUCCAGGACCGACAGCUCUACUCCGACUCCUGACCACACCACCACCACCACCACAUCGGCACCUCCGUUCGAGUUCCCAGUGACCAGUUUCACCUGCAUCGACAAAAUCCACGGUGGACUUUACGCCGAUGUUGAGACAGGAUGCAAAGUUUUCCAUAUCUGCUCCGUGUCACCCGACAAGAGCGUCAAGGACAACAAGUUCGUGUGCGGUCCCGGGACGCUGUUCAACCAGAAGAGUCGCACGUGCCAGGUGGAGAGCGCCGUGGACUGCCUCUCCGCCCCGUCCUUCUACUACCUCAACGACCGCGGCAACCCCCCAGUCUUUGUAGAACCCACUGUACAAAUCCCUGAGGAGCAGUUCCCUGAACUGCGGUUUGACUUCCCCCGUAUCCCUUCCUCUCCCACCUCUCUCUCCUCCCCACGUGCACGGCGUGAUGCAGAUGUGAGCGUAGACCUCUGUACCAGCCGGCCGCUGGGCACCCCUCUGGCGGACAUCACCUCAGGCUGCAUCUACUACAGCAUUUGUGAAAAGGUUGCAGAGGGACGUGUGGUGGAGAAACGACACGGCUGUAAGAAGGGCUUGUUGUUCUCCCAGCUGAGGAAGCGGUGUGUGCUGGCCAAGAAGGUGGAGUGUGUCAAAGAAACACUGAGUGAGAUCCUUGGUCUGGGGGCUGCUCUGCCACCCUCAAAGAGUGGCCGCAAAAGGCGUGCUGCUGCUCUUCUGUCGUCACACAGGUUCCGUCGAGCUGCCCUGCAACCACUUGUCAACAUGGUGGCAACACCCAAGAUGGAGGACGCCCAGGUGCGCCGUGUCUUCUCUAACCUUGCGGCCCUCCAGCAAUGGACUCUGGAAAAUGCACAGCAUUCUACAUUCAUCGAAUUGUAUUCCUUGACUGACAACCCAGACAACCACUACCCUAAGAAGACUUACAACACUCCUACCAGCCCUGAGCUCUCUAAGGGCUAUGAGUAUUCCCUGCGCAGGAAGAGAGACAUCACCAAUGUCACCGUGGAGGGACAGGUGGAGUUUGUGAACCACAGUGUCAGCAGUGCCUCGGAUGGUUCUGUCUUUGAUCUGAUGGACUCUCUUGGUAUUGAAGAGACACACACUGAGGAAGAUGGUGAUUCUGUGACCCGCGUCACCUUUACCGGCACGUUGGCGCUACCCACUAUUGCCACCAUGACCAUUGGCCACCGAUCAAAAGUGCAGGCCACCGUGGCAGCACUGAAGCAAGAUGGGAGUUCUACUGCUGCCUCAGGCCCACCAUCCUUACCAGUCAUCCCCACCACCCUCUCCACCUUCACUGUGUCAGGGACACCUAUCACAGCACCCACAGUGGUAACAGUAACAGUCACCACCACAAAGACAGUCAUACCCUCUGGCUUAGCCACAGCUGCUGCAGGUAUACUUUCAACAGCAACAGUCCCCACUGGUCCUCACUCUGAAUCAGCACCCAAUCACACUCCUGUAGAGACCUCUUCUGGAGUAAUGGCAACUCCUGCAUUGGACAAAGACUUGAAGAACAGGUCACCAGACAAUGGUCACACAGGUAAAGAGGAGGGAGUUACGGACGCUCCUUCUGCCCUCACUACACUUUGCAUGUUGGCUCCUCCCUUGGAUGCUGGUAAAAAGUCGAACGAUCCUCCAAAAGUGAAUAUUCUACCAAAACGUAAUGCCAUAAGUGAGCCUUUGACUGAGACUCCUGAAGAUGAUACAACCACUUCAACCACCACCACCACCACCACCACCACCACUACCACUGAAACACCCUCCACAACACCCAGUGUUUCCUCCACGACCUCUACUUCAGAAACAGCUGAGGAGACCACCACAACCACAAGCACCUCUACCACACCCAGUACCAGUACUACCUCUACCACCCCCAACCCAUCUUCAGACUCCAAUGCAUCAACAACCACCACUACCACUACAACUACCACUCCUGCCACAAACUCCACAGCUGAAACUACAUCAACCUCUGCUGCUCCAGACACCACAACUACCACAUCUACCACGACUGCUGCUCCUGCUACCACUACUGCUAAAGGAACAGAGUCAGCAGUGGUGACUCCUGAAGUCCAGGCCUCAAAGGAGAAUGCUGACCUGACUGUUGCUGAAAGUGUGUCUACUCCAGAGUCUGUUUCUGCUCCUGAGUCAUCCGGUGAGUCUAAACCUGCUGCUUCUGCUUCUGAGCCUGCUAGUGAUGCUGAACCUGCUGCUCCUGAACCUGUUAGUGAUGCUGAACCUGCUGCUUCUGAACCUGCUAGUGAUGCUGAACCUGCUAGUGAUGCUGCUGCUGCCUCUGCCGACAUUGUUCCUGAGUCUCAAUCCACUAGUAAUGCUGAGUCUGCUGCUCCUGCUUCAGAACCAGCUAGUGAUGUCGAUAAUGCCCCUGCCGAGCCUGCUAGUAAGGCUGAUGCUCCCCCUGCUGAUGAGACAGCUGACCAGUCUAGCCUUUCUGCUCCUGAGACUGCUGGCGAUGCUGAUGCUGCCUCUGCUGAUGCUGCCCCUGCUGAAGAGUCUGACCUUCUUGCUCCUGAGUCUGCUAGUGAGGCUGACCCUGCCCCUGCACCUGCUGUGGAAUCUGAAAAUACCACCUCCACCACCACCACUACUUCUGCUUCUACUUCUACAGAGACUCAUCCGUCCAGCUCCAGCACAACACCAGCCACCACCACCACCAAGGUAGAGGAGACACUGCCUGAGAGUGUAGCAGAGGAGGUUGCCGCUGAGACUGCUAAUGAUAAUGCCACCACCACCACCACUACUAGCACCUCCACCACAACCACGAUUGAGAGUGUAUCGGAUGUUGUUGCGCCGUCGGGAAGCAUAAAUGUCUCCACUACAGUUGUGCCGGAUGCUGAGAGUGCCACUACAAACACCUCAGCCUCGCCCUCCGUCACUGAACCCUCUGUCACCCCUAGCGGACCUUUUACGAGCGAGAAUUUACCCGAAACUAACUUUACCUGCAAGGAUAAGAAGCUGGAACAGUUCUACCCUGACCCAGAGGCCAAUUGUCAGGUGUUCCACUAUUGCUUGCCUGGUUUCCAAAAGAAGACGGUUCUUGAUCUGAAGUUCCUCUGCACUGGAGCAACCAAAUUUGACGUCAAAACACAAAAGUGUGAAGACAUGGAAACAGUAACUUGUGGUCAAGAGGAGGACACAAGUGCAGCAAAUACUACUACCACCUCCUCCACCACCUCCACCACCACUACCUCCUCCACCACAUCCACAACCACCACAACAUCUACGACAACAGGAAGCACCACUACCUCUACUGAAUUGACUCUUGGGACCCCAGCCAAUGAGACCAGCACUGAGGAAGGCUCCCCAGCCAACAAGACAGAGACAGAGAGUGCUCCAGUAGCUGACUUGAGAGCAGAGAGCAUCAAUGAGACAACCAAUGCAACAACAACAACAGAAGCACCGCCAUUACAAGCAGAUGCGGAGGUCACAACCACCAAGGAACCAGAAGUCGCCUCCACCACCACCACUACCACCACAACCUCAACCACCUCCACCACCACCACCAUGAAGCCCGAGAAUGCCACAACAGAACACACAAACUGGAACGUGACAAAACAUGAAACUCACGAAAACGAAACUAAAACCGUAGAGGAGGAGGUAGCCAGUGUUACCCAUCCCCCAAAGACACCUGAAGAGGCACCAGAGGAAACUGUUGCAGAGACUGAAGCUCCACAGCUGGUGGUCGAAGAAGUACAAGAAGAAAACACAGAAGAGAGUGACAUCCCAUCCACGACAUUCAGCCCCACUGAGGAAUAUGCCACAGAAACAGAGAUUCCUGACACAGAGGUAGUAACAGAGCAAGUGGAGGAGUACCCCAGCACCGAAACUCCCCCAGAGACUGUCACAACUAUGGAGGCAAGUCCUGAGGAGGCUUCAGAGCCAGAGCAGGUGACAGAACUGGGGCCUCUCAUGCGCCACGACACCCUCAUUGGCAUGCAGACCACAGAGGGAGGGUUGGUCGAGGAAUCCCAGACUGAGGCCAGCGUGGAGACAGCAACCUCCUCCUCCACCAUGGAUCCUUCCGUCCCCACAGAGGAAAGCUCCACAGAUACGUCGGUGUCUACGGACGUGUCUGUGGUGAGCAGUGACUCUGUGUCCAGUGCAACCCAAGUGUCUAGUGACGUUUCGGUGUCGAGCAGCGUCCGACCAGAAGAGGAUGCAUUGUAAGGCCUAAAUGUUGACUCCUUUGUAUCAGAAGGGUAUUAACGGCAUGUUGUGAUUCAUGUCUGUAUUAAUUAAUGUACUUUUUUGUUUAUUUAUUACUAUUGAGAAUUACCAGUAUAGGUCUGUGUAAAGAUUACUAUGUGCUUGUUAAACAUAACAUUCUGUGCCAAAAACUGUUUGCCUGACUUGGGCUCUAGAAGCAUAGAACAUUCCAUAUGGUGUAGAGUUCCAGCUCUGUGAUACAUUGUUCACUUAGGUCAAGGAAAUCAAGUGGGAGAAUCACACUUCUUUUUUUAUAGGGUGCACUUUUAUCUCAUUCUUCAUAAUGAAAUAACAUGUUACUGUGUAGUUUGCAUAUGUAAUACUCAUACUGUCCUGUCAUACUACAUGUCAUUAGUGUUAGCCCGGGUUGCCGCACGCCUCAUCUCUCCACGAAGCUCUCGGAAUCACAGGGAAGCUUGGGCUGACUGUGUUGGGGUUUGUUCACUGACAGCUUCACACCAGUCCAGUUAGUACACAUGUCAGAAAAAAACUACCUCCCUGGAAAACUGAGCUGAGGUAUGAGAAUGAAAUAUUGUCAAAGUAAAUAUUGAUAAAUGUUACCUUGAUGGAAGUUCAUAUUUAUACUUCAGCUCAAUUCUCAUGUUUUUUCCUGAUAUGAGUACAAAUUGGGAUGGUGAGUACCAGUUGACAGACACACCCUAAUUUUGGCUCAGGAUGGGGAAGGGAGGGAGGGAGGGAUGGGCGCCUUGCUUGCCUCUUCAGUGAUUGUGGCAGAAUAUCAUUGUUAAUACUGCUUGAUAUUACCCUCGUUGAUAUCUUUUUAAGUUUAAUUAAACAUUUUUCUACUACAGUAAGUCCAGAGUAUCAAUGACAUGCACACACUGAUCAGUUGUUUGCAGAAGCACAUAGUCAUCCAUCUCUUGGUGGUUUGUGUCUACCGAGUGUUUCCAUUGAUCAGUUUAACUUGUCAAGAUGCAAAGGAUUAUUCAGUAAUUUUUUUUACAUUCGAUUUUCACUUUUAUUUACAAGUAUAUUUAUCUUUACUGCAUAGAGCUUGCCUUUAUUAUCAUGCAUCAUUGUUUUCUCUGCAUCACAUUAUUUUAGUGAGUUUUACUGAUAUAUUACUGCAGCCACAACAAGCCAGUGUAUGUGUGUGCAUGUGUGUGUGUCUGUGUCUGUGUGGGUGUGUUUGUGGGUGUGCAUCUGUGUGUGCAUAUGGAGGCCUGAGCAGUGCGGCAGCCCCUGUGCACCAGCGUGUGUGUGCAGCCAUCACUAUGUAGAUCAUCCUGGUGUAAAUAUGGUUUUCAUUCCUUUAACUCCAUUUUAAUGUUACUGAGAGGAGGAACAGCUUUGCAAAGGGAGGGACUGACUUGGGCACGGCAGAAGCAAAAGCUGAAGAAGAAGAAGAAGGAGAGGAAGAAGGAGAAGGAGAAGAAGCAGUUGUAUUGUUCCUUUGUGCAGUAUUUCAUGUAGUUUAGCUGGAGAGAAAAUAAUGUGACCGUGAGUGUCUAUGGAAGUGUUACAUGCAGGGCUGUGUGUCGAGUCCAGGAACAUUGAUGAACUCUGACCCCUGCAGUUGAUGGUUUAUAUAUAUAUGCUAAGUGACAUUUUUUUUUAACUACACUACUACUACUAUUACUACUACUACUACACCCCUGGGUCGUGUAUUGCCUCCGAGCCGAAAUGUUUACGAUAUAAUUCCUCCACGUCCAGAGUUGUGACAAACGAGUGCGAUUAGAAAGAUAUUUUCCAUGUUUUAAUUAUGCAUGAUUUGUCACACACCAUGUAUUGUAGUAUAGUUAGAUAUGUUUUUUUUAUUAUUAAUCCUAGACUUUUUAUUUCACCCUACUCAUAAAAGUCUAAAUUGAUUCUCUUCAUUGGCUCUGAUUGUAUAUUUUUCCUUCUUUUAUCUCUUUAUAUAUAUCUCUGACCGCCUUACUGAUGCUACACGCUAGGCACCUCAUGUUUACUGUGAUGAUGAAGAGCACUGACAAGCCAUGUUCUUACCUAUAGCUGUGUGGGAGUCAUGCAGUACGUAUAUAGCCGUUGGUGCGCAGGAGCACUGACAUGCAACACACCUUAUGUAUUGCUAGGUAGUGUUACUCAUACUACUAUACUCUAAGGAGGACGGAAGCGUUAUCAAUAUUUAUUAUUACUCCACGAUGAGGCGAGCGAGUGACUCAUUGAUGUAGAAGUGUCCCUCGGAUCAGCCAAUCUGGGCAGGCAGAAUACAAUGACAUUAUUAUUAUUAUUAUUAUUAUUAUUAUUAUUAUUAUUAUUAUUAUUAUUAUUGUUAUUUUUUUGUGAGUUGUGAUAGAAAAUAGUUCUUUGAUCGCCCGCCCAAGAGUACAUCAGUGUUUUAGAUAAAUAUUAAAAAUUUAAUAUUAUAUAA